GAGGUCCGGGCAGAGGGAGGCGUGCGGUCCAUCAGCAGCCCGCAGGAAGCAGCAGCACCUGUCCACAGCUGACAGCAAACCAGAAGCGCCCACUAAUCGAUCGGGACAAACUUGUGGCUGUAGUUUCUUUUUUUUUUUUUGCCCCCCACAUGAUGGCUGACCAUCUCCUGCAUUACAACGACUCUGCUGGGGUCGGGAACAGAUUCGCCCGCAAAGGUGCUUUGCGGCAGAAAAACGUGCACGAAGUGAAAAACCACAAAUUUAUUGCGAGGUUCUUCAAGCAGCCGACGUUCUGCAGCCACUGUACGGACUUCAUCUGGGGAUUUGGGAAACAAGGAUUCCAAUGCCAAGUUUGCUGUUUUGUGGUCCACAAACGGUGCCAUGAGUUCGUCAGCUUCUCCUGUCCCGGAGCCGACAAGGGUCCCGACACAGACGACCCCAGAAGCAAGCACAAGUUCAAGAUCCACUCGUACGGCAGUCCCACCUUCUGUGACCACUGUGGCUCGCUGCUGUAUGGCCUCAUCCACCAAGGCAUGAAAUGUGACACCUGCGACAUGAACGUGCACAAGCAGUGUGUGGUCAACGUGCCGAGCCUGUGUGGAACCGACCACACGGAGCGUCGAGGUCGACUCUUCCUGAAGAUCGAGGUCAGCGGCGACCGGCUGCACGUCACAGUGGGUGAAGCCAGGAACCUGAUUCCAAUGGACCCAAACGGCUUAUCGGACCCGUAUGUUAAACUCAAACUCAUCCCCGACCCAAAGAACGAGACCAAACAGAAGACCAGAACCAUCCGCUCGUCUCUCAACCCCUGCUGGAACGAGUCCUUCACCUUUAAGCUGAAAGCAUCAGAUAAGGACCGCCGUCUGUCCAUCGAGAUCUGGGACUGGGACCGAACCACCCGCAACGACUUCAUGGGCUCCAUGUCAUUUGGAGUUUCUGAGCUCAUCAAAUCUCCGAACAACGGAUGGUACAAGCUGCUGAACCAGGAGGAGGGCGAGUAUUACAACGUUCCCAUCGCCGAGGUGGACGACGUCAACCUGGAGCUCCGGCAGAAGUUUGAGGCCUGCCAGUUAAAUAUCCACUAUCUGAAGAAAGCCAAGCUGGGUCAUGGUAAGAAGGUGAUCACGCCGUCAGACCACCGGCGGUUCAGCCUGCCUUCAGGGAACAUGGACCGGAUCCGACUCAGCGACUUCAACUUCCUGGCCCUGCUGGGGAAGGGCAGCUUCGGCAAGGUGAUGCUGGCGGAGAUGAAGUCCACCGAGGAGCUUUACGCCAUCAAGAUCCUGAAGAAAGACGUCGUGAUCCAGGACGACGACGUCGAAUGUACGAUGGUGGAGAAGAGAGUGUUGGCCCAGAGAGACAAACCGCCGUUCCUCACACAGCUGCACUCCUGCUUCCAGACGGUGGAUCGCCUGUACUUUGUGAUGGAGUACAUUAAUGGAGGAGACCUCAUGUAUCACAUCCAGCGGAUGGGCAAGUUCAAGGAGCCCCAGGCGGUGUUUUAUGCUGCAGAGAUCGCUGUUGGUUUGUUUUUCCUGCACCGAAAGGGAAUCAUCUACAGGGAUCUGAAGCUGGACAACGUGAUGCUGGACUCAGAGGGCCACAUCAAGAUCGCUGACUUUGGCAUGUGUAAGGAGAACAUGUAUGAAGGGAUGACCACACGGACCUUCUGCGGCACCCCGGACUACAUCGCACCCGAGAUUAUAGCAUACCAGCCGUAUGGAAAGUCGGUGGACUGGUGGGCGUAUGGAGUUCUGCUGUACGAGAUGCUGGCUGGACAGCCGCCUUUCGAUGGAGAAGACGAGGACGAGCUCUUCCAGUCCAUCAUGGAGCACAACGUGUCCUACCCCAAGUCCAUGUCUAAGGAGGCCGUGUCCAUCUGCAAGGGACUGAUGACCAAACACCCGUCAAAGCGUCUCGGCUGCGGCCCAGAAGGCGAACGAGACAUCCGGGAGCAGGCCUUCUUCAGACGCAUCGACUGGGAGCGACUGGCCAACCGAGAGAUCCAGCCGCCGUUCAAACCCAAAGUGUGCGGCAAAGGAGCAGAAAACUUCGACAAGUUCUUCACGCGUGCGCAGCCCGUCCUGACCCCUCCGGACCAGCUGGUCAUCGCCAACAUCGACCAGAGCGAGUUCGCCGGCUUCUCCUACAUCAACCCUCAGUUCAUGCACCCGUCGCUGCACAGCGUGGUAUGAGGGCGGAGCUGCGAAAAGCAUGACUGUGGCUGGGGUUCCCUCCGAUCUCCACCGAUCAUCCCGCCGUCAACAGACUCGUGUCAUCCUCCGUCUACUAGUUAUCGACACCUGUGUGCAGAAGUGACUGAGGAGGGAGGAGCAGGGGGUUGCUGUGAAGUUUGUGGGCGAAAAACGGCACUGACAAUUCAUUUCCCCAAACAUCUCAUCAUCGUGUGUUCUUUGCUCUGAAUCUCUUAUCUGUGUUCCUCCAAACCUGCAGCCUUUUCUCCUGUGAAUGAAUGUGUCUCAGUAUCGGUUUCUAUCUCUUUAGGUAUUAAAGAUACGACCUGUCCUCAUCACCUCCCCUCCCUCCCCGUCUUUCUACGCAACAAGCUUCAAUGCACGACAAGAACGGAACAUAUUUUUCUGCUUUAUCUACUUCUGAACUGCUACAUGUGUACAUUAUAUUUCUAUACUUAAAAAAAGAGUCAGGUAAACUGUUACAUGAGUGCCAAAGUACAAGUGAAAAACUACAUUUCUAUUGCAGUUCUUAAAGUCCUUGUGUUUCCUUCCUUAAUGGCGUCAACGCACUAAAAAGCCCUGAACAGGAACCGUUUGUUUGUGUUGUUUUGUAGGACGUGUGACCACAGGAUAUCGUAGAGGAGCUGUCUUCAAUGUCACCUUUGGAAUGCAGGGUAUAGGGUCAGAAAACUGUGAAGGAACGAGACGGUGUUUUAAAGUAUAAAGAUGCUAUUUCCAUAUGCACAAAGCAGAUCUCUGUUGCAUGCUUAUUUUCUGACUGUAUGAGCAGUAGACUCUAGGAUGCAGUACACGUCUGGUAUCAUUGUAAAGAUUAGUAUUACGAUAUAAACUAUGUUAAUAUAUAAUUGUCGUACGUUUACACUGAAGAAAAGUUUCUAAUCGGAAAAAGUUCCCAUUUUACGUUUGUAUUGAGAGAUGUCUAACCCUCUUUUUUUUGUAAAUAGGUUUCAAACAGAGAAGUUACCUGCAGAUUUUAUACUACGAACUGAAUGUGCUUUUACUACCGUAGACGGUUUGGACAUUUCUAUGUUUAGACUAGCCCUGACAAGAGAUCUAUAACGUUUGGCUGAAUCUUUGGUAGCUUUGGUAUCAGCAAACCUUGUUAUAUGUAUUUCCACUAUUUAUCCAUUGUUUUCUACUACUCAGUGUCAUCUAGAGAAUAUGCAGCACUUGACUGUGCGUGGAACGGUUGGAUGCCCUCUUGCCUUGGUCAUCUCAGGGCUUCUGUAACAAAAACCAAGCUAACGCUACGAGGAUUUCAGGCUGAACACGUCCUUUCUUUAUCUAUCGUGUGCAUGAGGUGAGGCCUGAUCCGAGCAUGAGAAAGACCCCUGCAUGAUACAUGAGACCCCCCGGUGUGGAGCAUGGAGUAGAACAGACGACCUCCCCUCCUCGUCCGACCGGCAUCGUGCGCUUUUCUGCUCAUGUUUCUUCCCACUCGCUGUCAUGUAGCCCGACCUGUUUGGAUAAAAAGCUGAAUUAUAAACAGAUAAAUAUGUGUAAAUUGCUUCUGAUGGCUUUUUGUUCACUGGUGCCGAACAGAGUCUUUUUGUUCCCAGUCAGGUGUGUGUUUGUUUUUGUAACAGCUGAGGCAUACAAAGCUAAAACAGAAAAAAAAAAAAAAAACUGCCAAAUUUCGACCAACCAUCUACCGCAGCUCUGAAUUACUUACUUUACAUGUAGACUGAUGUCAUCUCACACAUCUGGACCAAAAUCUUUGAGGUUAAACUGAAUGUUUACAUGUCUCACAUUGAGAAUCAGCAUCGGAGGAGAGAAAACAAACAAAAAAAAAAACCUUUAAAGCGAAGAUGGAGAUAAUCAGACGUUGGCUACAGAACCACUACUGGCUACAGUCACAGCCACAGGGAUGUUUGUAUGCGUUUCUUCCACUGCUUUUGUUAACCUGAUUCUUCUUGUUCCUCUGUUCAUUGUGGUAUGAAUAAAUAAAUAAAGUCUGAAAAAUA